AGACACUGAUUUGGGACGAUUACCAUGAUACGGUUUGGACGAGUUCUACCCAGGAUUCGGCGAAUGAGAUCAGCAUUUAAUCGAACCCAGUUACUCACCACACUCAUCGUCAUUUUGUUUAUAAUCGGUAUCCACAAAACUGCUUGUAAGAUAUAAAUCAAAUCAUAUCUCCGAACUGACCUCGACCAUUAUUUCAGCUGCAAAAAGUGCUAGUCAUUUGAAUAAUGUAGACAUUGGGCCAAGUGUAAAUCAUUUAUGGCAGAAAAGUUGCGGAGGGAACGUUAACUUCAUAAACAAUCGUGUUCUUCUUUUACGUAAUGGAAUAAUUUCUGGACAUUUCAUUGACGCAAAGCAAGUAGGUGGGGACGAAAUAGAAAUGGUCAUAGGUCAGUCAGAGGAGGACGAGUUCGUGACCGUAAAACAAGGUUUCAUCCAAGUUCCCUGUUAUGAUGUAGUUUUACCAAAUCUUGAUAUAGAGUCAGCAUACGGGCACCUUAUCAAUGCUAUAGACGUCAACCGUCCUAAUGAUUAUGUCAGUAAUGCGGAACACAAGCUGUCAGAUUCGUUCGUCAUUGUUAUCGAAAGAAAAGAUUAUGCUAAUGUAUACUGGACAAUGAUAGAACUUUACAAUGCUUUUUUGAGUGCCAGGAUGUUCUCGCAUAAUCCAAGUCAGACAUGUGUCCUUCUCCUGGAUGUUCACCCGAAAGGUAAACUCGAUGAGAUAUGGAACAUGGUAUUUCGGACUGUGGUAAGAGUAAAAGACAUAAAAGAUCACGAAUGGAACUUCAGGAAUUUGGUAUUUGGAAUAGAUACCUACAGUGGCCCUAUCACCACAGAAAUGGAAUCGCUUCCAUUUAUAUCCGAAUUUCAGGAAGCUAUUUUUCACGCAAAUGCACUCCCCCCACCUACAAAGACAGCUUGUUCGUUAGCUAAUCAAUACAUUAACAUAACGCUUAUUCUAAGGCAUAAUUAUGUGGCUCAUGCUCGAAAUCCGACCGGGAAAAUCAAACGUAAACUUGCAAAUGAAGGUGAGAUAAUCAGUUACAUCAAAUCUGUCAUGCCAUUCGCCAAACUUACCGCUGUUCAAUUGGAAGAUUUAAAUGUUGAAAACCAGGUGGAACUGAUAUAUUAUACAGACAUUCUUAUAGGAGUUCAUGGGGCAGGACUGGGUCACGUGAUUCUGAUGAGACCAGGGUCUAGCCUUAUUGAAUUAUUCCCAACGUCAUAUUUUUUCUUUAGGAACAGACACUUUGAGAACCUUGCCAGAUGGGUCGGCAUCCAUUACAGAAGUUGGUACAAUUGGGACAUGUUCUUUACCGAUUCCGAGUGGAUGUAUGUGUCACCGAAUGAGGUAGUGCAGCUUGUCCAGGAAAUGGCGACAAAAAUGUGUUCCAGUAUUUCGCGUUCAUAGCGACCUGUUGUCUAUAGUAGUUACAGUUGACACAAUAAUAACAAAUGAUUUUACCUUUCUUGUUACAAGCAUUUUCACUUGGCUUAAAAAUGUUAUUAGCCCAUAAUGUCAAAAUUGACGUCGCCGUUUGUAACCUCGCAUUUGAUUGGCUGAUACAGCGGCAUGAUACUUUCUAAGAGAAAGAGUCCAUUAAUAAAAGUGGAUCUCCACAGGGAUUGUGUAUAGUUAAUUGAAUUAUAAGGAUUAACUAGAAAAAAAGUUUACGUUAUGGAGCUAUAAACACAAAAACCGUAGUGUACUCCUUUUUUGUGUUAUGUCUCCAUAACGUAAAAGAUUUUUCUAGUUAAUCCUUAUUAUCCAAAAGAUAAUUCAGGUAAUACCGUGAAUCUUUUAGAUUUCGUGAUUACGUUAUUUCGGAAUCUUACCUCUUCAAUCAUAUUCGCGAAUACAUGAUUUCUCGAACGCUAAUCUGGAAUUGUUUAGAGUCAUGGACUAUGCAAAACUCCUACAUCGGUAAGCGAUAGCUUAGCAACCAUCCAUGCAUGUGUUACUUUCGUACAAAUAAUCGCGAUAUUAAAUAGUGACAU